AUGGAACUAGCGGAAUACGAAAAAAAUGUAAGCCGUAACAUACACAAAUUUAAUGCAUACAGAAAGGCAGCGGGAGUAUUAGCAUCGCUUUCAAAGAGAAUUGAAUCUGGUGAAGAGGCAAAAAAAUUAAAUGGUAUUGGAGAAAAAAUUGCAAAGAAAAUUGAUGAGUUUAUUCGUACAGGAAAAUUGAAAAAACUGGAAAAUAUACAUCAAGACGAAACAGCACAAGCAAUCAAUAUGCUAACACGUAUUUCAGGAAUAGGACCUGUAAAGGCCGCUGAAAUGGUGGACAACGGAAUCAAAUGUAUUGAUGACCUUGGAAAAUAUAAACAUUUAUUGAAUCAUCAUCAACUCAUAGGAUUAAAAUACUUCGAAGAUUUUGAAAAGAAGAUUCCUAGAUCUGAAAUACAAGAGAUAGAAAAAAAGUUGAAGUCAAAAAUUCUAAAUUUGGACGGUCAAUUCACAGUUACGAUAUGCGGCAGUUAUAGACGUGGUAAAUCAGUAAGCGGUGAUAUCGACGUUUUGGUCACGCACACUUCGCUUAAAGACGGCGAAAAUAAGAAAAAACAUGGGGUAGGAAUGCUAAGAAAAAUAGUUGAUAAACUAAAAGACUUAUAUAUUGAAGAAAUUUCGUUGGGGGAUACGAAAUUUAUGGGAGUGUGCCGCUUGUCAGAAGCUUCGCCGGCGCGACGUUUGGAUAUAAGACUUAUACCUUGCAAUCAAUACCAUUGCGCGGUUCUUUACUUCACGGGAAGUGAUGUAUUCAAUAAGAAUAUGAGGACACACGCAUUGGAAAAGGGCUUUACGCUCAAUGAAUAUUCCUUACGGCCAAUCGGAGCCACAGGCGUUCCAGGAGAACCGGUGCCGAUUAAAUCAGAGGAAGAAAUUUUCGAGUAUAUUGAAUACCCAUACAAGAAACCGCAAGAACGAAACUUGUAA